GCGCAUCAUCAUCACCCCACCAAAGCUCUGCUGUUGAAGCGGCUGCUACCUCAUCAUGAUGUGAUUUUUUUUUUUCUCAUCAUCCCUGGAAACAGAGAUGUCUGAUAGACAGAAUUAAUGUAUUGAUCUCUUGGACUUUUUCAGGAUUACGUUUCGGUGCCUCUCCAGCGUAUUUGCAGCCUGUUCGUGUCGCCCAGACAUGGCACAGCAGAACGGUGCUGCCAAGAAGAACCCGGCUGUUGCGGCAUUGCACUCUCACUUCAUUGUGGGAUCAGUAUCGGAGGAAAACUCAGAGGAUGAAAUCCAAGGGAAGCCUGACUUGCGGCUGGAGGAAAAGGAGACUCGCUCCUUGUCGCCAUCCUCUGAUAGCUCAAGCAGCACCUUUGAUAUGGGAUUCGACAACAAUGAUGGCCCCUUGCACAAUCUAAGACCAAGCAUGUCGGGGCUGCACCUGGUAAAGCAAGGCAGAGAUCGCCGGCGUAUAGAUCUCCAGAGGGACUUCACUGUGGCUUCUCCUGCUGAAUUUGUCACCCGCUUUGGUGGCAACAAGGUUAUCGAGAAGGUGCUUAUCGCCAACAAUGGCAUUGCGGCGGUCAAGUGCAUGCGCUCCAUCCGCCGCUGGGCCUAUGAGAUGUUUCGCAAUGAAAGAGCAAUCCGCUUUGUUGUAAUGGUGACCCCAGAGGACCUGAAGGCCAAUGCAGAGUACAUUAAAAUGGCCGAUCAUUACGUGCCUGUGCCAGGAGGGACUAAUAACAACAACUAUGCUAAUGUCGAGCUCAUUCUGGACAUUGCCAAACGCAUACCUGUUCAGGCUGUGUGGGCUGGAUGGGGUCAUGCCUCAGAGAACCCCAAACUUCCAGAGCUGCUUCAUAAGAAUGGCAUCGCUUUCAUGGGUCCCCCAAGUCAGGCUAUGUGGGCUCUAGGAGACAAGAUUGCUUCGUCCAUCGUGGCUCAGACUGCUGGCAUCCCAACCCUGCCCUGGAGCGGCUCAGGCCUGACAGUAGAAUGGACAGAGAACGACCAAAAGAAGAAAAUAAUCAACGUUCCUUCUGACGUGUAUGAACUUGGCUGCAUCCAGGAUGUGGAGGAUGGCCUGAAGGCUGCAGAAAAAGUCGGCUACCCUGUCAUGGUGAAGGCCUCAGAGGGAGGCGGAGGAAAAGGCAUCCGUAAAGUCAACUCAGUUGAUGAUUUCCCUAAUCUCUUCAGACAGGUCCAGGCAGAAGUUCCAGGAUCACCUAUUUUCGUCAUGCAGCUGGCUAAGCACGCCCGCCACCUAGAGGUCCAGAUCCUGGCUGAUCAAUAUGGCAAUGCCAUUUCCCUGUUUGGUAGAGACUGUUCUGUGCAGCGACGGCACCAGAAAAUCAUAGAGGAGGCUCCUGCUACCAUCGCCACUUCGGAUGUGUUUGAGGAUAUGGAAGGGUGUGCAGUGAAGCUGGCUAAGAUGGUGGGUUACGUCAGUGCAGGUACAGUAGAGUAUCUCUACAGCCAGGAUGGCAGCUUCUACUUCCUGGAGCUCAACCCUCGUCUGCAGGUGGAACACCCCUGUACGGAGAUGGUGGCUGAUGUCAACCUGCCUGCUGCCCAACUGCAGAUUGCUAUGGGUAUUCCUCUUCAAAGAAUCAAAGACAUCCGGAUGCUUUAUGGGGUCCAGCCCUGGGGAGACUCUCCAAUUGACUUUGAGGGUCUGUCGACAGCCCCCUCCCCACGGGGCCAUGUCAUUGCAGCACGUAUUACCAGUGAAAACCCUGAUGAGGGCUUCAAACCAAGCUCUGGAACAGUGCAAGAGCUGAAUUUCCGCAGCAAUAAGAACGUGUGGGGCUACUUCAGUGUUGCAGCGGCUGGAGGGCUGCACGAGUUUGCUGACUCCCAAUUUGGACACUGUUUCUCUUGGGGAGAGAAUCGGGAAGAAGCCAUCUCCAACAUGGUGGUAGCGCUGAAGGAAUUGUCUAUCAGAGGAGACUUCAGGACCACAGUGGAAUACCUCAUUAAGCUGCUGGAGACGGAAAGCUUUCAGCACAACAGCAUUGACACCGGCUGGCUGGACAGGCUUAUCUCUGAGAAGAUGCAGGCGGAGCGUCCCAAUACCAUGCUGGGAAUUGUGACCGGGGCUCUUCAUGUGGCAGAUGUCAAUCUAAGGAACAGUGUGUCCAACUUUCUGCAUUCUCUGGAAAGGGGCCAGGUGCUGCCAGCUCACACACUACUCAACACUGUGAACGUGGAGCUGAUCUAUGAAGGCACUAAGUACGUCCUGACAGUGACGCGCCAGUCUCCCAACUCCUAUGUGGUCAUCAUGAACAACUCCUCGGCUGAGGUGGACGUACAUCGGCUCAGUGAUGGAGGUCUUUUGCUGUCUUAUGAUGGAAGCAGCUACACUACCUACAUGAAGGAAGAGGUGGACAGGUAUCGCAUCACGAUUGGGAACAAGACCUGUGUUUUUGAAAGGGAGAAUGAUCCUUCGCUGCUACGAUCUCCUUCAGCAGGAAAGCUUAUCCAGUACACAGUCGAGGAUGGUGGGCACGUGUUUUCUGGCCAGUGCUACGCUGAAAUAGAGGUGAUGAAGAUGGUAAUGACCCUCACAGCUUUGGAGUCUGGUUGUAUUCACUAUGUGAAGAGGGCUGGAGCAGCACUGGACCCUGGCUGUGUCAUUGCCAAGCUGCAACUGGAUGACCCAAGCAGAGUGCAACAGGCAGACCUGUUCACAGGGCCACUGCCUACUAUCCAGGCAGUAGCUCUGAGAGGCGAAAAGCUACACAGAGUCUUCCACAACACACUGGAUCAUCUUGUUCACAUAAUGAGUGGCUACUGUCUUCCUGAGCCCUUUUUCAGUGCUAGGUUGAAAGAGUGGGUGGAAAGGAUGAUGAAAACCAUGCGUGAUCCCUCUUUGCCACUGUUGGAGCUUCAAGACAUCAUGACCAGUGUGUCAGGUCGCAUCCCCCCUGCUGUGGAGAAGUGCAUCAAGAAGGAGAUGGCUCAGUAUGCUAGCAACAUCACCUCCGUGCUCUGCCAGUUUCCCAGCCAACAGAUCGCAAACAUCCUGGACAGCCAUGCUGCUACUCUUAACAAGAAGUCAGAGAGAGAAGUCUUCUUUAUGAACACACAAAGCAUUGUUCAGCUGGUGCAGAAGUAUCGCAGUGGCAUCAGAGGUCACAUGAAGGCGGUGGUGAUGGACUUGCUCAGACAGUACCUGAAAGUAGAGAUCCAGUUUCAGAAUGGACACUAUGACAAGUGUGUGUUUGCACUGCGUGAGGAAAACAAAGGCGACAUGGCCAACGUGCUCAACUACAUCUUCUCCCAUGCUCAAGUCACCAAGAAGAACCUGCUGGUUACUAUGCUGAUUGAUCAGCUGUGUGGCCGGGAUCCCACACUGACAGAUGAACUGAUGGCCAUCUUGACUGAACUCACCCAGCUCAGCAAGACAACCAAUGCCAAGGUGGCACUGCGGGCCCGGCAGGUGUUGAUAGCUUCCCACCUCCCUUCUUAUGAGCUACGACACAACCAGGUGGAGUCCAUCUUCCUCUCUGCAAUUGACAUGUAUGGACACCAAUUCUGCAUCGAGAACCUGCAGAAACUGAUCCUUUCAGAAACGUCCAUCUUUGAUGUUCUGCCCAACUUCUUCUACCACAGUAAUCAGGUAGUCAGGAUGGCUGCUCUUGAGGUGUACGUUCGCAGAGCAUACAUUGCCUAUGAGCUCAACAGUGUUCAGCAUCGUCAACUGAGGGACAACACGUGUAUAGUAGAGUUCCAGUUCAUGCUUCCCACCUCGCAUCCCAACAGAGGGAACAUCCCCACUCUAAACAGGAGAAUGUCUGCUCCAAUCCUGGACAUUAUAAAUGCCGCGGACACUAGAUUUCAGGAAACUAAACCCCAGGACCUUAAAGCACAAGAUAGUAAAUCUAAGGAUGAUAGUGCUGAGAAGAAAAACGCCUCAGAUACGGAUACUGUGGACAGGAUGUCAUUCUCAUCCAACCUAAACCACUACGGCAUGGUGCAUGUAGCCAGCGUCAGUGACGUUCUGCUUGACACGUCCUUUACGCCACCUUGUCAGCGCAUGGGAGCCAUGGUUGCGUUCCGCUCCUUCCAGGAGUUCACCAGGAACAUAAACGACGUGUUGAGCUGCUUCUCUGACUCUCCGCCAUCAAGUCCCACCUUCCCAGAGGGAGGUAAUCCUGUCCUGUAUGGCGAAGAGGACAACAAGAGCGUGCAGGACGAGCCUAUCCAUAUCCUGAAUGUGGCUAUAAAGACCGACAGCGACAUUGAUGACGACGGCCUGGCCGCCAUAUUCCGAGAGUUUACUCACUCAAAGAAAUCUAUGCUGUUUGAACAUGGCAUCCGUAGGCUGACUUUCCUUGUGGCCCAGAAGAGAGAAUUUCCCAAAUUUUUCACAUUCCGUGCAAGAAACAAGUUUGAGGAGGACAGGAUCUAUCGUCAUUUGGAGCCGGCACUAGCUUUCCAAUUGGAGCUCAAUCGCAUGCGCAAUUUUGCCCUAAGUGCCAUCCCAUGUUCCAACCAUAAGAUGCACUUGUACCUGGGUGCAGCCCGUGUGGAGGUGGGCACAGAGGUUACGGACUACCGUUUCUUUGUGCGAGCCAUUAUCCGCCACUCCGAUCUGGUCACAAAGGAGGCCUCUUUUGAAUACCUUCACAAUGAGGCAGAGCGUCUGCUGCUGGAAGCCAUGGAUGAGCUGGAGGUGGCUUUCAACAACACGACUGUACGAACUGACUGCAACCAUAUCUUCCUCAAUUUUGUCCCCACAGUCAUCAUGGACCCAUCAAAGAUUGAGGAGUCUGUGCGCUCCAUGGUGAUGCGUUACGGCAGCCGUUUGUGGAAGCUGCGUGUCCUGCAGGCCGAACUGAAAAUUAACAUCCGCCUGACUCCAACUGGAAAGCAAAUCCCCAUCCGCCUCUUCCUCACCAAUGAAUCAGGCUACUACCUGGACAUCAGCCUGUACAAGGAGGUCACUGAUUCCCGAACGGGACAGAUCAUGUUUCAAGCAUAUGGUGACAAGCAGGGUCCGCUGCACGGCAUGCUCAUCAACACCCCCUAUGUGACCAAGGACCUGCUGCAGUCUAAGCGCUUCCAGGCGCAGUCUCUGGGCACCACCUAUGUCUAUGACUUUCCAGAAAUGUUCAGACAGGCUCUGAAAAAGCUGUGGCACUCAUUCCAGGCCUUUGCCACCUUACCCAAAUGCCCGCUUCCUUCUGAGCUGCUUACCUUCACAGAGCUGGUUCUUGACGCCCAAGGCCAGCUGGUGCAGAUGAACAGACUGCCAGGGGGCAAUGAGAUUGGUAUGGUGGCAUGGCGGAUGACCCUGCGUACUCCAGAAUAUCCAGCGGGGCGUGAGAUCAUCGUCAUAAGUAAUGACAUCACACACAAGAUAGGCUCAUUUGGACCCCAGGAGGACUUGUUGUUCCUGCGAGCCUCAGAGAUGGCACGAGAGAGCGGCAUCCCCCGAAUCUACAUCGCAGCCAACAGUGGCGCCCGCAUUGGGCUGGCAGAGGAAAUCAGACACAUGUUCCAUGUUGCCUGGCAAGAUACAGCUGACCCUUAUAAGGGUUUCAAGUAUCUCUACCUCACACCUCAGGACUACAAGAAAGUUUCCGCCUUGAACUCUGUGCAUUGCGAACAUGUGGAGGAUGAGGGAGAAUCUAGGUACAAGAUCACUGACAUCAUUGGAAAAGAUGAAGGGUUGGGUGUGGAGAAUCUGAAAGGGUCUGGAAUGAUUGCUGGAGAAUCCUCUCUGGCUUAUGAUGAGAUCAUCACCAUGAACCUGGUCACAUGCAGGGCCAUAGGGAUUGGGGCCUAUCUGGUGAGGCUUGGACAGAGAACCAUUCAAGUGGACAACUCUCACAUUAUCCUUACUGGAGCUGGAGCACUCAACAAGGUGCUGGGCAGAGAAGUGUACACAUCAAACAACCAACUUGGUGGCAUUCAAAUCAUGCACAACAAUGGUGUGACCCACUCUACUGUUUGUGACGACUUUGAGGGAGUCUUCGCACUUCUGCAGUGGCUGUCCUACAUGCCCAUGUGUAAAUCUAGUCCAGUGCCCAUCCUCAACGCCAAGGAUCCCAUAGAUCGUCUGGUGGAUUUUGUGCCUACAAAGACUCCGUAUGACCCUCGCUGGAUGCUAGCAGGACGUCCCAGCCCGACUCAAAAGGGGACCUGGCAGAGUGGCUUUUUUGACCAGGGCUCCUUCAUGGAGAUCAUGCAGCCAUGGGAGAGUGUAGUGGUAGGCAGAGCCAGACUGGGUGGGAUACCUACCGGAGUGGUCGCCGUGGAAACCAGGUCAGUGGAGCUGUCAAUCCCAGCCGAUCCAGCCAAUUUGGACUCUGAGGCGAAGAUCAUCCAGCAGGCAGGGCAGGUGUGGUUCCCAGAUUCUGCUUUCAAAACAGCCCAGGCCAUUAAAGACCUGAACAGAGAGGGCCUACCUCUUAUGGUGUUUUCAAACUGGAGGGGCUUUUCUGGAGGAAUGAAAGAUAUGUACGACCAGGUGUUGAAGUUUGGGGCCUACAUUGUGGACGGGCUAAGGGAGUACAAGCAGCCCGUACUGGUUUAUAUCCCCCCCCAGGCUGAGCUGAGAGGAGGAUCCUGGGUGGUUAUAGAUCCCACCAUCAACCCCCGUCACAUGGAGAUGUACGCUGACAAGGACAGCCGAGGUGGAGUUUUGGAGCCUGAAGGAACAGUGGAGAUCAAAUUCAGGAAAAAGGACCUGGUGAAGACAAUGAGGAGAGUGGAUCCGAUCUACAUGGGCUUGGCUGAAAAACUGGGAACACCAGAGCUGAGUCCCCCUGAUUGUAAAGAGCUGGAGACCAAGCUGAAGGAGCGCGAGGAGUUUCUCCUGCCUAUCUACCACCAGGUGGCUGUGCAGUUUGCAGACCUCCACGACACCCCAGGUCGCAUGCAAGAGAAGGGCGUAAUAACGGAUAUCCUUGAUUGGCCAACGUCCCGUCAGUUCUUUUACUGGCGCCUGCGGCGCCUGCUGCUGGAGGACACCGUGAAGAUGAAGAUCCAAGCGGCCAACAGUGAGCUGACAGACGGACAGACCCAGGCAAUGCUGCGCCGCUGGUUUGUGGAGGCCGAGGGGACUGUCAAGGCCUAUCUGUGGGAUAAUAAUGAAGAGGUGGUGGCAUGGCUGGAGAGGCAACUAGCUGAAGAAGAGGGCGCAAGGUCUGUCGUCGAUGAGAACAUCAAGUACAUCCGCCGAGAUCACAUCCUCAAGCAGAUACGCAGCCUCGUCCAAGCCAAUCCAGAGGUUGCCAUGGAUUCUAUAGUGCACAUGACCCAGCACAUCUCGCCCACACAGAGAGCCGAGGUGGUCCGAAUCCUGUCCACAAUGGAGACGUCAGCCUCCUCCUAGUGGGAGUCUGGCCUCUCCUCCCCGCCUGGCUGAAGCACGGCUCAGGCCGCAACCACAGCCAAAGGAAGCCCGGCUCAGCCAGACCUGCUCCGGACUGAGACCUGGGCUGGAAACUGAGGCUGGAGGAGCCAACAGGAUGGCCCUACUGGUUACUGAUGAAUUGUUGGCUAUGAUUCUUACUAAGCAAGGGUUCACAUGACUGACAUCAAUUAAGACGUUUUGUAAAUUGUUUUACAUGUACGCUAGUGUUGAGAUAAAUCCAUGUAUUUGUAUUCAAGUGCAAUUGAAAAUUGACUAAAGAAAUAUCUAAUAUGGUCUGUUUGGAGUUUACAUAGUUGGCCCAGAUGGAUGUUUGAUGCUUCCAUGAUAAUCAGUGACCUCAACACAACAAUAAAUUUAAAAAUGUUGUCAUAUUUAAAAUGCACCUUGGUUUGUGACAUAUGCUUGUUCAAAUUCGCAAGCAUUUUGAUGACCGACUCGACAAUGACAACACAUUGCUGGGUGCAUUAGCGAUAAAGGGGUUUUUACACUUCUAAAUAAGGAGUCCUUAGUUACUGAACAAAGACAGGGAACUCUUUAACAGAUCUGGACAGGAGAGCCCAGCAGGGAGCAGGGACAAGGUCCCUUUUAGACCCCGACUGUUUCACAGUUACCCUGCAGUGAGCAACGGGCAGUUCGCCUCACAACAAAACCACAGCAGCUGUCCCGUCUGUUCUCACUCACACAGUACACACAUGCUGCUUGAGAUGCACUUUACUGCUUACUGUUCACUCACAUUGCACCCAGAAUCUAACGGGCCCUGUUUUAACUGCUGCAUCUUGCAUAUAUACAAACAUGCAAAAACCCUACAUGCACAAAGUGGUACAAGCAGUAAUACACACAGACAUAAUAAUAGUUAAAAUGGGCAUUGAUAAUGGGACUAUGUAGAGUGGUUAACAGCAUGUAGUCUGUAUCCCUUGGCUUACUUUUUUUUUUUUGGACAACUGGUUUUAGUGUAUGCUCCUUAAACAAAUUAUUACAAUUUUAUUAUUUUUUUUAACUAAAGAAAUAUUUUUGAAUCAACAAUUGGAUGGCUAAAUCGUAAACUGUCUGUGAAGAAAAAAAAAAAAGACUGUUCACUGAACUUACAUGUUACAUGUUAAAUAUGGUGUCUAAUUUACACUGUAACCCACACUAACUGUUCUAUUUAAAGUUUGUACCUUAUGUACAUGAAAUGUUACUUAUAUUUAAUAUUAUUUUUUGAAAUUAAUGUUUGAAUCGCAUAGUACUUCUCUACUUGAGUUUGUUACUGAAGACAGGCAUAGUGUGGCAUCUGUAUGAGAAUAAGAGUACAUAGUAACAGUAAAACAGCACCCUAAUGUUUCAGUCCUGUAGAUCAUUGUGUCAUAUAUGCUCUGCAGAAAAUCCAACUUGAAAUUGCUUAGUGGUCCAUGCUGUGCCUUUCACAUGGCUGUACUGUAUUGACAUGUAGUCCAGUUUCUUUAUAAGUAACUGGUUGGAGAGGAUGGAGAACAAUUUAAACUGAAGACUCUAACUGUGUGUGCAAAUCUAAUAAAGCUUACCCAACAUAGUUGGAAGUGUGUGUGCAAAAA